GGCGGCGCCGGCGGCAUACUCAGCGCGAUCGGCGGCGCGCUGGGUGCCGGCCGCGGCGCCGCCGGCGCGGCGGGCGGGGAGCAAUGGUACUAUAUCAGUGACGCCUCUGUGCGCCCGGUGUCAAAGGCCGAGGUUGCCGCGGCGCAGGCAUACAUUCUGAUGUACGUCCGCCGCCCCGCGCCCGACGCCGCCCCCGACGCUGCGCCCGGCGGCGCCGCCGCGGCGCCCGCGCUCUUGGGCGGCGGCGAGGCGGCGGCGUGA